UAAUGCAUUUGUAGAUAACGAUAGCUAAGGGCAAACUAGAACAUAUUCAGGACUUAAAGUUGGCGUUUCAGUCGGUGUAAGUAAAUUUUAUGGAUUUUAAUUUUGAUGUUUGUUAAAGUGUAUUUAACUGUCACUGUAACUUGUAAUUAUAAUAAAAGCUAAUUUCUUGUUAUGCGAGGUACCAAACUUAAUAUUUCCACGUGGACAAAAUGAAUACGGAAUACUCGGAAUCAGAUUUAGAAUUACAAAUAAAACUGCUCCAAGACACAGUCCAAAAGCGACAGAAUAAGACCCUUACAAUAGCUGUUAUUGGUCAGCAUGGCUGCGGAAAGUCGUCAUUUAUAAAUACGGUCAUGGCGGUGUUCAGUGGUGAAUACCAUGAACGUGCGCUUGUUGGGAACUUCGAAGAGGAAGGGGAGCACGUGACUCGUAGACUGACCAGAUACCCCAAAGAGAAAUACGUAACUGAAGACCAAUGUCUUAUAUACCAAUAUCCGACUUUAGUGGAUAUGAUGGGGUUUCAGAACGCGGGGGACGACGUAGUCAAAAAGACACUGGACUUGAUUUUCAAUGGAUGUCUCAAAGACCAAACCAAAUUGAGUAAAGGAAACCAGAACCAAAGAAACGUACUGGAGGAGUUGCAACAGCUCACCUACAAUGACGAGAACCACUCAAAGGUUGACAGAAUUAUUUUUGUUGCUUCUGCAAAAUCAAGAGAAUGCCCGACUGAGCUCAUCAAGGCAGUUAGAUCACAAGCAAUGGAUGGAAGAAGAGACAUCCCAGUGUUUGGAGUACUAACACAUGCUGACCAAAUAGAUGAAGAUGACACAGAUUUCCCAGAGUUCGAGAAAAAAUUCAAAAGCAGCUUAGGUCUAAACGCUAUGCGGUACCGUUUAUGUUCCAGUUAUUGUGAUGAAAUCCCUAGGGAAAAUGGACGGAAUCCAAACGUUGAAGUUCCAGUAAUGCGCUUCCUUAAUCAGGUCUUGGAUCCUGCUCGAGAAGCAUAUCAAGGGGAACGAGACGUGUUAGCUCAGCUGCGUGAGCGAUUGAAUUUCAAGUUGAGAACCAUUGUGGAAUUCCUGUUGUACAUGGUCGUCGUCUCCAUUGUCUUAUUGAUGAUGCCUCGUUCUUCAUACAUCCAAAAUCAAUGCGAUAAGAUUGUAAACAAGGCUGAUCAUGAUUUCCCAGAAAUUGAAUUUUUUUGUCGACUGAACUCGGAUGGGAAAAUUAUAGAUAAAACAGCGGUGUUUUCAUUUCUUGUUUGGGUUUUUGUUUUUUACAAUGUGAUGUAUCAAUUUAUGAAUCUUUAUCUGCGUUUUCGUCCAGAUCACGAAGAAAUUUUGAAUCAGAGAAUUAAAACAUUUUUCAGAAACAUAGUGCUUUAAUAGUGCUUUUGUUUUUAAAAGUUUUUGUUUAAGAAAUCUUUAUUCUCUUGUUGUACAACGCAUUAAAUGUGCAGACUAUUUUUGUCAUCUUAAUACUGAGAAAUCUUUAAGGGUUUAGGGUUUAUUUUGUGUGAUAUUAAAAUAGUAUUUAAAAUUCUGUUGUUUCAAUGUUGUAUAAAAAUAUUGUAUUUCAAUAUACUAGUAAGAACUAUUCAUAUUUACGAUCACUAGGCCAGCACUAACAAUGGUCAUUCAGCACAAUUAUGAUACUGUGUAUAAAAAUAUUAUUUUCAAUGUGCUGCAGAUUUGAUGAAUCUUAAGUAUGAAUACAAUAAAUUACAUAAUUGAUA